AGCCCUGCGAGGGUGGUCGCGUUCACGCCGAAGAAUAUCAAGGCCUGCUUCGCUGCAAGUGGUUUAUUCCCGUUUAAUCCAGAAAGGGUGCUCAGAAGUAUGCCCAACCCGGCUGAAUCGGCCAUUCCUAGAGCCGAUGAGGUGAAGGUAGGGUCUUGUCGGCAAGACGUAGAACUGCAAACGCCAGUGACGCCAGUGUCAGCAGAGGCUUUUAUGUGGCUGCAGAACCUAAUCAUCCAACGGGGUGCUCGUGCGCUUGACGAAACGAGCAAACAGAACCUGGCAAGGCACUUGCAGAAAUGUGCCAAAGCUUUCCAAAAAGUCUCUGCUAGGGGCAUCCUCCAAGAAGACCGAAUUCAAUUCCUGGCCACAAUCAACAACGUUAGAAGGGAGGCUGUACUCACCAGGCUGGGAAAG